AUGAGGCUUCUGAACACAGAGUCUCUCGAGCUUAGCCGUCCCUAUGUACCGAGCGAGGUUCCAGACUACGCAAUUUUCUCUCACCGGUGGAACACUGAAGAGGUCACAUUUGCGGAUAUAAGCAACGCACCUAUUCUACAUUCUCAAAGCCAGAUGCGGAUGAGAAAUGGGUUUGCAAAGAUACAAGGAGCUUGCAAACAGGCACUUCAUGAUGGAUACGCCUGGAUCUGGAUUGACAGUUGUUGCAUCGACAAGUCUAGUUCGGCUGAGUUGCAAGAAGCGAUCAAUUCCAUGUGGAGAUACUACGCAGAGUCGAAUAUUUGCUACGUCUAUCUAGCAGACGUUCCCGAUCGAGAAGCCGGCUGGAGUCCGGUGUUCGCUGAAAGCGAAUGGUUCACACGCGGUUGGACGUUGCAAGAGUUGAUCGCCCCAACAUGUGUCGAGUUCUUUGCGGAGAAUUGGGUCGCCAUUGGUACGAAAUUCGAACGAUACAAACAAAUUGCAGAAAUUACCUCAAUCGACCCAAACGUUCUCAUCCGUGUCCAGGCCAUCGAUCUAUUCAGUACUGCGGAGAGAUUGUCAUGGGCAUCCCAUCGAAACGUAACUAGGGAAGAGGACGAGGCAUAUUCGCUCUUGGGUCUAUUUGACGUCAAUAUGCCACUUCUCUAUGGCGAAGGGCGGGAAAAAGCCUUCGUCAGACUCCAAGAAGCUAUCUACAAUGCCACAGCUGACCACUCAAUAUUC